UGAGGUUGAGGAAGCCAUGCUUGGAUGGUGACGAGAUGCUGUUUGCUAGACAAUAAGAGCUUCGGAUGAAAGAAAACAGAAAACCGGAGAGAAAAAGACAACAUUAAAACAUUAAUUGAGGAUUGAGAACAACCUUAACUUGGAUUCAUUUACUGGUACAGCUGGAGUCGAAUAGAGCGAGAGGAAGAGUGAAGGACACAUCUCAGAUCUUCACAGCUGCCGGUGACCUAUCACACGAUGCUGUUCAAUCUUCUGUUCUGGACAUGUUUCCUUCUGUUGUUUACAAAUGGUGAAAAAGACUUUCAUUAUGGAGAAUGGAAUGAUUCUCAACUUCAGCCCACCAUACAAAAGCUGAUGAAAGGCUAUAACCGCUACUUGAGGCCAAACUUUAAUGUGGGUCCUGUUGAAAUUGGAAUGAGUUUGGAUAUUGCCAGUAUUGAUGCCAUUUCUGAGAUCAACAUGGACUACACAGCCACCAUUUUUCUAAGGCAACGAUGGCAAGAUUCCCGGCUGGUAUUCCCUGGAAAUGAAAGUGUAAGUCUGGACGGAAGGCUGGUUUCCUUGCUGUGGGUCCCAGAUACGUUUAUCCCUGAUUCUAAGCGUUCAUUCCUCCACGAUGUCACCGUGGAAAACAGACUCAUCCGGAUCUUUAGCAACGGAACCGUGCUCUACGCUCUGCGUAUAACAGCAACCAUUGCCUGCAACAUGGACCUCACCAAGUAUCCAAUGGAUAGACAAGAAUGCACCUUGCAAUUAGAAAGCUGGGGCUAUAACAUACAAGAUGUGCAAUUUUAUUGGACCCGAGGGAAUGACUCAGUGAAGGGGUUAGGUACACUGCGUCUGGCCCAGUAUAGUGUCGAGAGCUACCAUACAACUGUAUCUCAGGCUGUGUAUGAAACAGGUUUAUACCCAAAGCUGGUGCUGCACUUUGCUUUGCGCAGAAAUGUUCUCUUUUUCAUUCUGGAGACCUAUGUGCCCUCAACGCUGCUUGUGGUUUUGUCGUGGGUGUCUUUCUGGAUCAGUCAAUCCUCGGUACCAGCUCGCACCUGCAUCGGGGUGACAACCGUUCUUACGAUGACCACAUUAAUGAUGGGUGCCAGGACCUCACUGCCCAAUGCCAACUGUUUCAUUAAAGCCAUUGAUGUCUAUCUCGGCAUCUGUUUCACCUUCAUCUUCGGAGCUCUGCUGGAAUAUGCCUGUGCUCAUUUUUGCACCAUGCAGCAUCAAACCAUCAUAGAUGUGCAAAGGGAACUUCUGAAAGAAUUUGAGGAGUCAAACGGCACAUCUUAUCUGGUCACCUCAACACCCAAAAAGAUAGAGCCACAGACGCACCCAAAAGUCACCACAGAGCAAGAAACAACGGACCAGACUGUGAUGUGUGAAGGAGAUGAGCCUGAAGCAGAGACGAAAGAGAAAGGGUGUGGCUUGUCCUCUGUGAAGCAAAUGUCCCGCAAGGCAGCAUCCGUGAUGACUGUUGAGAAUCCUCACAACAUUGACAGCCACGCACGCAUACUUUUCCCUAUGGCAUUUUUGAUCGUGAAUGUCUUCUACUGGCUAUACUACCUUCUAUUCUAAAGGAGGAACACAACCUUUUCAUCUCCACAAAUAUGAACAUUGCACAAUGACUGAAAAGUAAAACGACUGCUGAUAACAGAAUCGAUUUUAGUGCCACAUAAUGCUGAGUUGGACUUUCUCGCUGGUACAUUGAUGCAUUUUCUUAAGAGCAAGGAAGGUGAAAAUGACAUGAACACACAUAUGGACACUGCUACAAGACACAUGAAAAAUUGCCUUGACAUUGCUUGUUUAUUGAGGGGUCUAAUGCUUUGUAAGUUUUUUCUUUGUUAAGUUAUUUAGUGAACGAUUAAAAAAUGUAAUGCAUUAUA